CGCAUGUCAAAAAUACACAAAUGUCAUUCACACACACAUCAUUUUAUUUCGUGAUAUCGUAAAAACGAGUUGAUUUCGCGAAAAUAUACGGACGUGUUGGCUUCGGGCAUGUUUUUCCAGUGUUCACGGACUUUAUCAUACGUUGGAACUACAGAAAUUAUGUAUUAGUGUGAACUCUAAUUCGGUGGUGGACAGUGGUUUGAAAUUUAUGAAAGAAAAAUAAGAUUUUCACAGAUUUUCUUUUUCGUUUUCGUCUACCGCAGUGCAUUGGACGUAUUGUUAAUUAUAUUAUUUACAUUCCGGUGUAAAUGUGAAUACGUUGUCGUUUUUUAGUGUUCAAUACAGUUCAGUUUUCUAUUUUUGACAUACGUCGCUAUUAAUAGUUGUGUUUUUGAUGAAUUACAUGCGAUGGAAAGCUUAUAAAUUGCAUUAAUGGCGCCCAGCAUCAUAAAGAAGCAUCGCAUAAAAACUGACCAUAGCAAUUUCACUCUCUUAUCAGCGACACGUAACUAACGAAAAAAAUGCUCUCCGUCAAACGCCGUCCACAUAACAGAAAACCAGUUAAAAUCAAUAAAAUAAACGUAAAAAAAUACCCUCAAGAACAAAAAGAAAAACAUCGAGCUUACCAACUUACCGAACAUGUGUUCCAAAUUCGAAAUUUAAAUCGCGGAUUGUUCUAAACGCGCCACGCGCUUUCGAAUAUUUAAAAAAUAGCUUUUCUUUUAACUUUAAAUUAACAAAGCUUUAAUCCAAAAAGUUUUUCAAGGAAAACUUUUUUUUAAGAUUGUAGUCUUAUAAAAAAAUAGUUGCCUUCUAUUCGUAGUUGUAGUGUAUACCGUGAUUGGUCCAAUUUCUUGUAAAGUGUCGUUUUUAAUUGAUGUCAAGAAACCACACAAUCUUUUUUGGAAAGCCCUUUGAAGUUCUGAGAGAAAAAGGGUGCCAACAGACGCAAUGGAGAGAGCUGAAGUUGAAAAACCUUCAUCUGAAGAUGGGAGUCAACUCAACAGAAAUAGGAGCUUCAAAUCGAAACAACUCGUGCGCAGCCAAGCGAUACGUGAAUCGCAAUCUCCCCCGCGUACUAUCUCCCCGUCUGCCAUCAGGCCGGCACUGGAAGAGCCGGUCAUCAAAAAUAACGUUGCAAAUGAAAGGGUUGAGUGCCACAGCGACGAGUCAGAAAAAGACAAUAGUGAGGACAAGAAACAGCCAGUUGAGAUACAGAUAACCAGCGGCACUUGGGAGGGCGAGUCGUGCGACCAACGGCAGCGUGCGCGGCGAUGGGUCGGCCUCAAACACCAGUCGGAGCCGGCGCGCGACCUGCUGUCCAACAACCCGCGCGUGUCGUGCGUGUGCGGCGCCUGCGCCAACUGCCCGCACUGCAGGGGACGCCGACGGAGACACAUUUGUACAAUCAAACAAGACUCCGGCAUCGCUUGUUCUGACGACUGUCCAGAUUGUACCGACGCGGAAAAUUCAGGUCCAGAUGGCUUUCGAAAAUCUGAAAGCUUGGAAUGUGAUGAACAAAUAUAUUAUUGCAGAUGUCCAGAACGCAAAGAAAAACUAAAGAGCAUAUCAUUGAGUCGAACAGAUUCAGACGACAGGUUGGAACCGACUGGAACAGAGCUGGUGAACUUCAUAAAGGAGACGUUGAACAAGAACGCCAGAGACAGGAUGACUCUACUCAAGAUAGAGAAGGAGCUACACGCGCUCGUCAACGAUACGGGGCGGUGCAUAGUUCGGUUCCCGGUGAUGACGUCAUACGGUCGUAUGUUGGUUCACCGAUGUGCGGCGCUGUUCCAGCUCUCCCACCACCUCGACCACAGCAACAAGAACGCCGUGCUAGUCUCCAAGACAGGUACCAGCGGUGGGCGAAUCCCUUGUACCAGUUUCAAACAAUGGUGCACAGCUACGUUCCCUCCAAGUCCUCAUAGAUCGAUAUUAAAAAGGGACACAAACUCGUUGGAUGAACCUGGCUCGGGUGCUUCAUCCAACGCCAGAAGCAAGUCCCUGGAGCAGAGGGAGAGGGAAUACGAGCGAAUGAAACUGAGAAUAUUCACGGAGGAUAAUUGUCCGCAAGACGAAAAUCAAUGGCCGUGGUUGAACUCUGGGCCGGUUAAACUUCUCACUCCAGAAACCGGAAGAAACAAACUCGUUAAGGUGCAAUCGCUGGAGAGCGGCGCAUCGCCGGGGGGAGGCGGGGCCGCGGGAGGUGGGGGAGGUCGGGGCGCGGUGUCCAAGAGCCACAGCUUCGGUGGGUACGGGGGCCGCGACCCGCACCCGCAUCCACACCACCCCAGGCUACUCAGCAGGCAAGGUGACCUAGCGUCGAGCAGUUGGCGGCUGUCGCCCUCAAGCUCCGGAUACAAAACCCUCAGUUUGCGAAGUACGGAUUCUGUUACACCCUCGCCUACUGGCGGUGCGAGUCCGGAGCCGUGUCCGUUGUACGCCGUGCCUCCCGGCGCACUCGUCAUCAACCCACAGACGGGGAGACCUCUCACCAAUCCUGACGGCAGUCUGUACCACUUUGAUCCCGCCAACCCACCGAUAAUCUAUGACGCUUCAGCGUAUCACGACGAAAAGAUCGACCAAAAUGUGGAGAAAAAACGUGGCAAACUGGAAAAACAGCAUUCCUUUAUCGACAACGAAUGCGAAUGUCAACCUACGGACGAGUCACGGAAUAAAUGUUGUUGUCCUUGUCGCCGAAACGACGCCUGCCGAAGGACAGAGAAGAGUGCUACUGAACAAUCUCAAAACCCACCGAGCCCGUGCGCUAACCUUUACGAGCACACAGAAACACAAUCUGACACCAAUAUAUACGAGUCGAAAGAGCAGAAACAAGACAAUAUCCAAUACGAAACGACGAAUACGCAAACAUACAGUGAAAAUUACGAGAACAACUACGAGAGACUCGAAGCCACCCAGAGGCAAACGUAUGACGCGAGGACCAAUCAGAGACCACCUUACGAACAGCCAUCCAAUCAGAUGCAGGAUAACCAGCAAGUUGGGAAACUUUCGCAUCAGGACAGCCAGGAGUUUUAUACGCCGACGUAUGGACAUGUCAAAAAUGGAGAGGUGGUAUCGCCCCCUGCACCACAACAUAGCAAACACAGCUACCCCCAACAAGAGAUGAAUAUACAAUCAUUGAGCCAAAAUAAAGGCACGCCAGUACCUAUGCCAGACCCCCACAUACGUCCUGUGUCUCUUACGAACAUGGCUUAUCCAACAAUACAGCAAAGUUACCCUUAUAUCAACCAAUUUAGAGUAGAACAGUCCUUACAGCCUGUAUAUCCUGGCAUGGUGCAUAAUGCAGAAGAUCACAAGGUCAACGCCACGCCACCACAAGAACCUACAUUCAGAAUAGAUCCCAGUUAUCCGUACGCGGCAGUUGAUUUCGCGUCCCAGUGCGGCGCUUGUGUAGAUCCUAACACCAUGCGAAGCUACAGUCUGCCUUACGGACAAGUGGAAGUACCACAGGCAGUGCUACCUACAUAUCCUGUAGGCAAUGUAAUGUUGCCUCAACACAUACAACACUACCCGUAUCAAGACGGGGUGCAAUGGCAGCCGCCUCCGAUGAUGCCGAUGCAACCCAAACUGGUUGUACCCGAACUGUACCCCGUGUACCCCAACAUGUAUCAGUACAAUCUGCUAUACCCUCAGGUGAUACCGCAACCUUACCCUAUAUGCCAGCCGAUGUACGGCGUCGUAGAGAAACCGCCAUCAAGAAGCAACAGCGUUACUAACGCGCACGCGAACAUUCAUUCGAAUACGAUGCCGAACACGUUCGCGAGCGCGGUCCACGCUGAGUAUAACAAUAGCACUGAGGCCCGUGCGCCGUCUACGCACAACAAUGAUAGUAAUGUGACGGCCCGAAGAAACUCCAACGAGAUCGCAGCCAAGAUACAGCAGAUCAAAGACCAGAUGGCGCAGCUGAACACGAGGGAUAGGGACAGAAGCAAACGCAACGACGAAUGGAAGAGGCGGAACAACGGGAACGGCAUACUCGGCAGCUAUCCCACAAACAACGUUAACGGGAGAGUCGACACUCGGCUGCAAGGAAGUACAUCGAAUGAUGAAACGCAGUUAAGUUCAGCUGCGCGGGCGAUUGUCAACUCUAUAAGGAACAUGCAAGUCAAGACCAAUAAUUAUCAAGACAGACGCGAGUACCAAUACCGGCCCGACCGAGCUGAUUACCGACGGCGGGAAAGGGACGGCGAUAGGUUAGAGCGAGACAACAAGCCGCCUGCUGACCGGAACCGGAACUUGCAGCUACAGUAUCGCCCACCCUACCUACUUAGACAGAUGUCACCGGGGACAUGGUGCCGGCGGUCUCCCGGGCCAGUGCAUCCAGUUCUAAAUCACCCGCGGCGACCAAACCCUGACGCCAGGAAUGGUAGACGUUAAACGCACAAUCAGACAAAUAAUAGCAGUAGAUAGUAACACGACAGCUGUUUGUACCACAUAUUGAUUAUACACUAAAAUAGAUUAUCGUUAUAAUGUUGUGGUUAUGCUAAAAACUUGAGAUUUCUAAGUAUAAUUCCGUCGGAAUGUUAUUGAAAAGUAAAUACGAACUAUAGUUCUAGAUCAGAUUACAUAUAAAUAAAAAAAUCUAAGCAACAAGCACUAACAAUGCAACCGAGACCUUAAUGGCCAUGUCGAAUUUCUUCUAGUAUUUCUGAGCUGUAGUUACAGAUAUGUUGUUUUAUAAAUCCGUUUGCUAUAAAAAAUAUGUGGUGCAUUCUACUUAAAAACACAAUAAAAAGAGUGACGUUAACUUUAAAUAAAUUAAAAAUAAAUAUAAUAAUAUGAUGAUAUAAUUAUAACAAUAUGAUGUUGAAAUCCAAAUUUGUAACAUGUCGAUUUCAGAGGACUUUGCACUUGACUUAAUAUUAAUUGCAAUAGUUUCUUUAACCUGACAAGAGAUGGCAGCACUUUCUAAUAAUUAUUAUUGUUCAUGAUUCGUUAUAGUUUUCAACAGCCAAUAUAAUUGGAUAUUUCACUAAAGCUAUAUAAGCGUGACUUUGCAACAUUUGUAUAAACAUCUCUUAUGCUGGAAGUGCCAUAUUUGGUAGUGUAUUUAAGUUUACUAUUUGUAAAUUUGACAGCAGUCUCUCCCUUUCAUUCCCUUGCCUUUGGAGCAUGUUAAAGAUAUACUGAUGUCAACAAGCAAAUACAAAUAGCCAUGUGAAGUACUAGCAGUAGACACUACAAAUGUUUUAACUUUGGUGUUUUCUUUCUAAUUUAAAAUUCAUAAUAUUGUUUUACACACAAAUUAUACAUCACACAAAAAAUUACAUGUGAAAAUUUUGAAUGUACUUACAAUGUUCUGUAAAUUUAUCAAUCUGUUUGUCAAGUCUUUAGUUUUGUUAGAUUCGUUUGAAUGGAGAAAAGCUGAAUUUGACAAACAAAUUUGACAGUUUGCAGAACUCCUAAUGGUGCUUUUUAAAUCGUUUAUUGUUAUGUAAAUAAUGUUAUAGCCCAACCUACUGAAUACGCCAUCUAUCGUUCGGUAGCCGAACUAAACAAUACAGUACUACCACUUGUCAGCGUGCUUAUAAAACAAUUCCACUACUAUUGUACGCAAAGUCGACAGGAGCGACACACCGCGCCGAGAUCUCACUUUGAACUCGAAACUAGUCAUUUUUAUACGAAUAAAGUGAAACUUAUAACUAUUUACUCUAUAUAAUUAAGAUUAUGCGCGAGUGUCGCAUCCUGACUCGAUAAACAGAAGUGACGUUAACAUUUUUUUAUAGUCAGUGUAUUAAGUUAAUUAUGUUUAGUUUUCAUUUUGCGGCCAAGUAAAAUGUGUAUUUAUAACUUUAGAAGUUUUUUUUGUUCGUUAGUAUCAUAAUAAUUAGAUCAUAUUAUAACUUUACACAUUUUAUUUGGCCUCCACAUGGUGUAAGUUGUACAUAACUGUAAGUUUUUAUAUAUUUUUUGUUUCUCUAAUUUUCAACUCUAUUCCCUUUUAAUAAGACAAUUUUAUCUGCAUGAAGGUGUGAAUGUAUUAAUUGCGGCGUGACACGAACUGUAUACUAGAUCUUAGACAUGUGAUAUUUUGUUAGUUACCAAAUAUUAUAAAGCGUACUCCAUUUGUGUACUGUCCAUAAAAAAGUGAUUCAAAUUCAGGCCAGUCAUAAGAUAUUAAAGAACCUCAAACAAAUGUUUGAAUGUGAAGAUCAUCUAUUAAAGAGAGUGACCAAACCAAACAAAACCACAAAACCGCGAUUAUAAGUAAUAUGUGAAGUACUUAAUAAAACUCGAAUAAUAAAAAUCAGAUAAGACGAUUGAAAUCACAAUCACCCGACACAGGGAUUGCACAUGAAACUUCUUUCUUCUUCUUCUUUCUACCCGGCCAGCAAAUUACUUUUUUUCACAAACUGACUGGCUCGCUUUUGCAUCGCAUACCCAUCAUAAUGAGAACUAAAAGUAGGAGACGCCUGGAAACGCUGAUUAAUGAAGCUUAGACAUAAAAGAAUAAACUUGUUAUGAAAAUUAUUUCUCUAUUACUUUCUAUGAUUAAGGUCCACUUGCAGCAAUAUUGCUAAAUAUCAAUUUAACUAAAACUAGAUCUAUCCAAUAGAACAAUGUCAAAACGGCAAUGACAAUUUGACAUCAUUAUAGACUAUAUCUAGUUUUGAGAUUAUCAAAAUUGCUUGAAGUGGGCCUAUGAUAAAAGAGAUUACAUUUUUCCAACUAAAUCUGUUACUAAGUACAUACCCUUAUAUAAUUUACCAUUUUAUUUUAGCUAUAAGUUCUCUUGGAGACGUUUCUGUGUUUAAUGACAAAUAAGAAAAUAUAAAUAAAACAAUCGCGACGACAAAAAAAACAAGUAACUAUGUGCCGACUGACAUUUAAAUAGAUGUGUACUAAAACCAUUUAUAAUUUUACCUAAUCCAAAAAGCAACAUAGAUAAUAAACAUAGAAUGUUAAACUAUUGUAAAUAUGUAAUUUGAAAUUUCCUCAUUAACAUGAAACAAAGUAACUGAAAUCGAGUGCGAUAAUAAAAACAAGUUACAUAGUUUUAACCAUACAUACAUAUCUCGACGUUAAACAUUAAAUAGAUUAAAAAAACAUAUGGUAGAAUAAAAAAUGGAAUAAGUGAAAUAAGUCAAACUUUUUUUCCUCUAAAUUGUUCAGGAAGAAUGGUAUUGAUGUUAGUCGCCCUGCCAUAGUACAUAUGUAUCCGAAGUAGCCAAUCCCUUUAGCCUUGUAAAUAAACUGCGUAGUCUAUUUUUGACUAAUGGGAAUUAAUAAUGAUCCCAAUUGUAACUUAAAGUGCGAAGAAUUUGAGAUCAGUGAUUUCAUAUAUGUCUGUUAUGAACUGUGUGAAAUUCCUCUUGGGCAAAGUAGCCACAUUAAUCAGAAAGGCAAAGGGAAAGUAGCUAUGUGUUUAUAAACUACGAAUAUAUUUAUAAAUCUUUCAUAGCAUAUAAGAAUCUUUUCUGUUUUUGUUAUGUUUUUUAAAUACAGAAUUAGAUGUUGCAAAUACAGACUUUGUUACCGUUGAGAUAAAAGUUGAUUAAUAUCUUGGCAUGGCGCAAAAAUCAGGUUGAUUGACUCGAAAAUGAUUGAAAAUUGGAAAUAAAAGCUUCUUUCUUUACUAAGUUUAUAUGGUUAGGCGGAUGAAUUUAGAAAUACAAAAUUAGAUGUUGCAAAUCCAGACUUUGUUAUCGUUGAGAUAAAAGUUGUUUAAUAUCUUGGCAUGGCGCAAAAAAUCAGGUUGAUUGACUCGAAAAUCAUUGAAAAUUGGAAUUAAAAGCUUCUUUACUAAGUUAUGAGGAGCUCGAUGGCGCGGGUGGUUAGCGCGUUCGGCUGCGAUCGUUGAAGUUAAGCAACUUUCGCAGUGGUCGGUCAUUGGAUGGGUGACCAAAAAUCUACUAUCUCGAGUUCCUCCGUGCUUCGGAAGACACGUUAAGCCGUUGGUCCCGGCUGCAUCUGAAGUCGUUAGCUCCCGCCAACCCGCACUAGGCCCGCGUGGUGGGUCAUGGCCCAAUCUCCCUAUUCCAUCCAUAGGGAAGGCCUGUGCCCCAGCAGUGGGGACAUUAAUAGGCUGAUGAUGAUUACUAAGUUAUAUGGUUAGGCGGAAGUUUAUUAUUGAAUGGGACGUCGGUAAAUCGCUGAGAAUGGAAAAUGUAUCGUAAACAUAUACCAUGUACUUUUACUAUUUGUUCAUUGAAUAAACUGAUAAUCAUAGCAAAGCUUUCCACUGUGUAAUAAAAUGCUAUACGACUUUACAAAUUAUAAAACUUAGUUUCUAAUAUUAUUAAUUGUAUUAGAACAGAAAUAAAACAACAUCUGCCAAACGUGUUGGCAAGUAAACCGAUAUAAUAAUAUAAUCCAUUUAUACUUCACGUUUUAGAAAGCAAUUGAAGAUUUUAUUUCGCUCUCUCUUAAUACUUCCUUGAAGUCCAAAAAUUACCACCACACAUCGAAAUUCAUCUUUCCAAAGCCUUAUAAAUUAAUUCCGUCUGUCGCGUUGUUGUAAGUACGGUGUCUCUUUCAAAAACCUACUAUUAUGCCAGUUGACGCAUAGUUCUGUUUUAAUACCAAAAAAAUGUACGGCAGAUGAAUCCUACCCACAAUGGAUGUGGCUCGUAGGAUGAAAUAAUUUAUAUGAACGUUUAUUUUAACAUGUAGAGAAUAUCGUUGUUAAUAUUAAAGAUUUUAGCCUAUA